AUGCAGUCCUUCGAGAACACGCCAUUGCCGCAGCCAAAACGCAACGGCCCGCCUUUGAACGUUGAUACUGCUAAUUACAGAGAGAAGAGGAUUGAGGCUUCACCCCCACGAACAGCCUCCGCGGCUCACGAAUCUCGGUCCAACAGAGGCAAUAUUGGUGCUGCGAAUCGGGCGCUGAAACCAAGAGAGACAUUUUUGGAAGAUAACAUACCGACGGAUCCUGCUGGAAACAAAGAAAAUGAGCCAGAGAAUGGGCAGCGCGGACGCGAUUCCCACGAUCUCUCUUUGUCGCCGAGACAAGUAACUCGCGACUCGCUAGUUGAUAAUAUGCUACUAUCCCUCGACCAAUUUUCAUAUGAGCAGGAGGCCGAGGGGUUUGGAACAAGGCCUACUGUGGAUGAAGAAAGAUUAUAUUCCACUUUUGACGAAGAAGAACCCUAUCAACCUACAUCGAAUUUCCCGCCCAGAAACGGCCGAACGGGACACAAUUAUUCCUACAGUUCCGACUACGAGGGCGCAGACGACUCCAGCCGAUACUCCUCGGGCCAAGCGUCUCGAGGGCGAAGAAGUAAUAGCAGUUCGAAUUUCCAAACUAGCUUAGGAAGGAUUGAUAGCAUUCGCAAAGAUUCAGGCAGCCAGGGGUUUGGUUCCAGGGGUCCAUCCGCACCAAUAACAGGGAUACAUUCGCGCAGCGGCAAAGGUAGCAAGGGAAGCAGUGCCAAUAGUUUUGACCUUGGAUACGCACAGGUUACAAGCAAUCAACGCUGGGCGCCGGGGUUCCAUGGGAGAUCUUCAAGCUUUGACUAUGGUGCGAAUCGGCAGACCAUGACUUCACAAUCAGAUGGGAUGGCUCGGCAAAACGGCCCUUCUUUCACCCCAUACGACUACGAUGCUGCGCCAACCCCUACAGUUCCAGUUGGGCCUCGAAGGCCUCGUCCGGCAUCACCAAUUUUGAUACCCCAGCAAGAACGUUCGCAGGUGGCCCCCGAGCCGGUGAAGCUGGAGCGGAAACGGAGUACAAGGUCAUCCAAGAGCGCAUAUGCGCGCAAAGGGUCUGCACCUCCAGCAGGGGGCAGGCAUGAUUAUGGGCUCGAUGACCAAAACCACCAGCUUCCACCUCUGCCCGCUUUUAUUAGAGAACCAGCACCAGCCCCAUUAGUUGGAUAUGGAAAGACAAAAAGCCCGCCAGUCUCCUCAGGAUCGAACCAACCCUCCAAAGACAAGCCUGGAUUUUUCAGAAGAGUUUUCGGCUCCUCCAAGACCAACCUUGCACCUGAACCUCCUGGGUCACACGGUUCCACUGCGUCUACUGAAACGACGAGUCGCCCAAAUAGCAAACCGCAUCACAAUGUCAACCAGACUAAGUCUCAACAUGUCCCACCACCUCGAGAACCACCACCCCCACCAAAGGAGCAGCCCCAUGUACUCACCAAAAAGACGUCGUCCUUCUUCCGGCGGCGAAAGAAGUCAGUGACGGAACCUCAGCCCCCAAUGCCUGUUCCUAUUGUCCCACCUAUACUCUCACAAAUGGGGGACGAGAGCAAAGGUCUACCAAGCCCCGUGAGCAGUCUUCGGGAAGUGAUGAAUCCCUACCUCAGGGCUCCCGCUAGGACUACAAUGGUCCCUCAAACUCGAAUAAGCAUUGAUCGCCAGAUGAACGAUAGUCCAGAACCGCACGACCGCAAUGUGAGAGGAUUUUCUCCAGAUUAUGAGCCUGACAAAAGCGCCACGAUCAGAACUGUCAAAUCGAGUUCGCGGGACGCUGAUGAAUCUAACCAGUCAAGUUCUGCUUACAUCACAGCCCGCCGCACGGGGAUUGACGGCCAAGACAGAGGCAUGGGAGACGGUACUUUUCUACAAGAUAACAGCGAUGUUGAUCCUGAUGCUCCCAGUAACGCUUCGAAAUUUGACAAUGCCACAAAAGAUAACUUGGAAGUUGGUAACACUUUGUCACCAAUAUCUCCCAUUACCCCCAUGUCAGCCACUCCAUCAGUAGCCCGUGAUAUAGCUCUUGUUGCUGAGUAUGAGAGAAUUCACUCGAAAAGAUCUCCAACGGUGGCGAAAUUCGAAACGGCAAAGACUUCUCCCACAAUUGAGUCUGCCAAGAGUCAAGCAGAAUCGAAGCAGAAGAAACCUGCAAGGGAGGAGGAAUGGGUCAUGCUUACACCUACAAAGCCCGAGUCCCAAGCCGAAAUUGAAAACCGUGUCUGGUUAGAACCAUCCGACGAUGAAGAAGUGGAAGACAGUAAUCUUGGUACAAAUAUAUCCAAAAAUACGGGCUCAACCGAUACAGUCUAUCAGUCUGCCACAAGUCUACCGAUUGUUAAGAUUGAGGGAGAGCCUGAAGAGGAUUUCGAAGAAGAGACAUCUAAACCAAAUCUUCUUAGCGCUGCCGAGGCUAUUAAAUCUCUGGACGAGCUGCCACCUGCUGUCGAUAACACCAUUCCGAUGGAAGGUGAUCGUGAAAGAGCGAAAAAGAUAUAUGAUGGAAACGAGGACUUUAUCUUAAAAGGAAAAGCAGCUGCAUGGAUGGGAGAAGAAGGUCCUAUCCGUUCAAGAACCUUGGUUGCCUAUAUGGAACUGUAUGAAUUUGCAAAUCUGAACAUUCUUGCAGCUCUACGGAAUAUAUGUGGCAAAUUGGUUUUGAAAGCCGAGAGUCAACAGGUCGAUCGCAUCCUGUGUUCCUUUGCUCGGCGAUGGUGCCAAUGUAACCCCAAACAUGGAUUCAAAGCUACUGAUGUCGUUCAUACUAUUUGCUACUCGAUACUUUUACUGAAUACUGACUUGCAUCUUGCCGAUAUUGAGCAGAAGAUGACUCGGAGCCAAUUUGUCAAAAACACGAUGCCUACGAUUCGAAAGAGCGUUUCCGAGUCCGCCCCAGAUGCUUUUGAGACGAGACCCUCUGUUUUACCAGGAAAGAACCAGGCUUUUGGCGUGGAUUCUGGUGAUAGUGCUUUGAAGCCAGAGAAAGAAAGGGCCUCUUUUGAAGCUGAACGUCCUUCUUGGCGGUCCUCCUUUAAGCCUCCACCUCGAAUAGAUCCGGAUGGGAACCGCAUUGCUCCAACUCCUCUUGACUACGAUACUCCCCAGGAUGAUUGCGGCCCUCUAGUGAAAGCACCAUUUCAUGGGACUUCACGCACUUGGGAGGUUCAAGUUGAAAUUGUUCUCAAGGACUUUUACAACUCUAUUCGUAGUGAACGCCUUCCGUUAUUCGGCGCUCCUAUCGAGAAGCCACAGCUCCAACCAGCAUCGACUAGCAGUUUGGCUGUGUUUACCAACGGUAUGCUUCGACGCAGCCCCAGUGUUCUAAGCAAAGCUCCUUCCGAUUCCCAAAGCUAUGCAAGAGGUAGGACCGCCCAGACAGUUCGUGAAGGGAAUGGCAAAUGGGCCACCAAGAACCGUUCAAGACCCCGGUUGUACCCUGGUUCUGGGAUGGGAUCUAGUAGAACUAGCCUGGAUGACCAAUCCUCGAUGUGGAGCCCGUCUGUUUCUUCAAGUACUUGGAGCAAGUACUCCCUGGGAAAAACGCACACUUCGAUGUCCGUUGAUUCGCUUGGAUCCAAUUGGCCGCAAGGCGAUUAUCAGCAAUCUAUUGGUUUCGCCAAUGCUCUUAGCCAGGCCAUUAUUCGCGAAGAGACUGUUGGCAGUGCUGGCAGUAAUGGGAGUGAUCGUGAAGAACUUCGCGUCGCACCUCUUCUCGAGGACGAGUCUUUGGAGCUUGCUGGUGCGCCAUGGGCGAAAGAAGGUAUUGUUAAGCACAAGCAUCACCUUGAAGCCUUGGACAAAAAAUCCAAAGACCGCAACUGGAAUGAGGUCUUUGCUGUUGUUGAGAAGGGAUACUUGAGUUUGUUUUCUUUCUCGACGAAAAGCAUGCGCAACAAAGGCAAGGGCAAGGCUACUGGAGGCGUUGUUGGUGGAGGCAACUGGCAGGAGAAUGCGCAGAAUCUUGGGUCGUUCCUCCUUAGGCAGACAAUUGCCAGUGCCCUUCCACCACCUGGGUAUUCAAAGCAACGUCCUCAUGUAUGGGCUCUGUCAUUACCUACUGGUGCAGUCCAUCUCUUUCAAGUUGGUACCCCAGACAUUGUCAAGGAGUUUGUAUCGUCAGCCAACUAUUGGAGCGCACGACUUUCGAAUCAUCCAUUGGUUGGAGGUAUUAGUAAUAUCGAAUAUGGCUGGUCUGAUUCUAUUGUCAACAACGCCUUGGUCGCUGCCAUCAAUGAGACCAAUGCUCCAAGACAAUCAAUCAACGGUCCUCGGCCAAGUAUUCAAAGCUCUUUGCGAUCUAGUCUCGACCAAUCCAGCGGAAGUGUGAGGUCCAAAUUACCUGGAGACCGCAUUGCGAUUUCCGACUGGUCCCCACCGACGCAAAGCAUGCGAGCUAGUAACCUGAUGGAGGCAGAUCAGUUGCAAACUUUGGUUACAUACGUCGCCGGCAUUGAAGAAGAGUUUCAGAAGCACAACCAAUUGCGAAGCCCAAUGCUUCUUGCUUUCACACCCCGCCACCCAAAUUCUCAGAAAGCAAUGGCAAACUGGGAAAAGAAAUCCUCAUAUCUUCUGCGCGAGAUUGUGAAAUUCAGAACCUACAUUGAUUGCUUACACGCGGCCCAAAUUGGCAAACAACGAAUCUAUACCGAGCGGGCUGCCGAAAGGGCCGUCGCAGAGGGAUAUGAUGAUGAUGAUGGCGACAUUACUUUACGCCCAGAAGACUAA